AUGUCCGAAGAGCAAAAGCCUGUCGCCCAGCCCAACGCUGAGGCUGAGAAGGAUGUCCAGAACGUCCUCGCCGAGCUGAAGGGCGAGAACGAAGUGCCCGCCAACGGUGCCGAAAAGAAGGAGACCGAAGAUGCCGAGGAAGCCCGCAUUGUCGAGGCCGCCGCCAAGCUGGGCGAGAAGUCUGAGAAGGCCGAAGAGCAGAAGACGACACAGGAAUCUCGCAACGACAACCGGGGUCGCGAGGGCCGCUUCAACCGCCGCAACAACGCCAAGUUUGACCCCUCCACGCAGCAGGUGACGGAUGACCCGGUCGAGAUCCGCAAGCAGGUUGAGUUCUACUUCUCUGACUCCAACCUGCCCAUGGACAAGUUCUUGUUCUCCAAGGUCGGCGGCAGCGCCAACCGUUCCGUUCCUCUGGAACUUCUGCACUCCUUCAAGCGCAUGCGCCGCUUCCAGCCCUUCAGCGCCGUCGUCGAGGCCCUCAAGUCGUCUGAGACGCUUGAGUUGACCGAUAACGAUACCUCCGUGCGCCGGAAGACUCCCCUUCCGGAGACCGUGUCGCAGACUCACGAUCACAACGUGGUCAAGGUGUUCGAGGACCAGGCCAUGAGCCGUAGCAUCUACGCCAAGGGUUUCGGCGACGAGGAGCCGACCACUCAGCUUGACAUUGAGGCCUUCUUUGCCCCCUACGGACCCGUCAACGCCAUCCGUCUGCGUCGUGCCUACGACAAGACCUUCAAGGGCAGUGUGUUCGUUGAGUUCGAGUCGGAGGAGAAGCAGAAGGCUUUCCUGGCCCUGGAUCCCAAGCCCCAGUGGAAGGGACAGGACCUGCUCAUCAAGAGCAAGAAGGACUACUGCGACGAGAAGGUGCGCGACAUUGAGGCUGGCCGCGUGAAGCCCAGCGGCUCCCGCGGACGCGGUGGCUUCCAGCGCGGUCGCGGCCGUGGCCGUGGUGGAAACCGUGGCCGUGACAACCGCGACUGGAGGGAGCGCCGCGCGGCUGACCAGAAGAACGGCUUCAACGACAAGAAGAGUGAGCCCAAGGAGGAGCGCAGUGAGGUCCAGAAGGAUGCUCGCGGCGUCCCCAUUGUCCAGAGCACCGCCGAGUCCGGCCAGAAGCGUGCCGCCGAAGACGAGGCGAACGGCGACCACCCUGCUAAGAAGGUGGACGCCAAGGAGUAA